AUGAGUCACCCUACCGCGCUCCCGCCACGACCAUCCCGGCGUCUCGACGAAAGAGUUGCCAUCGUCACCGGCGCGGGCAGUCUUGGCGACGGCCUCGGCAAUGGCCGUGCCAUAUCCCUCCUCCUCGCCAGCGACGGCGCCACGGUCCUCUGCGCGGACCGGAACUUGGCUUCGGCAGAGCGCACGGUGGAGAUGAUUGUCCAAGAAGGCGGCAAGGCGGCCUCGCUGUAUGCCGACGUAAGCUCAGAGGCAGACUGCGAGAAGCUGGUGCGGGCGGCGGAAGACAUGUUUGGGAGACUGGACAUGCUGGUCAAUAACGUGGGCAUCAUGGGCGCCAAGGGGACGGCGGUGGACGCGAGCGCUGAGGAAUGGGCCCAGGCCUUGGGCAUCAAUGUGACGGCGAUGGUGCUCAUGGCCAAGUAUGCGAUCCCGCUCAUGCUCAGGAAUCAGCCUGGCGAUGGCGGCAUCAGGGGCAACAUUGUCAACAUAGGGUCGAUAGCGGGCUUGCAGGGGGGCACGCCGCAUCUUCUCUAUCCGACGAGCAAGGGCGCCGUCAUCAACAUGUCGCGUGCGAUGGCGUACAAUCACGGCCGCGACGGCAUCCGAGUCAACUGUGUGUGUCCAGGCUUCCUCUACACGCCCAUGGUUGCCGGCAGCGGAAUGUCGGAGGAAGUGCGUAAUCUGCGCCGCGGGCAAGGCCUCCUGAAUUCAGAGGGCAAUGCGUGGGACUGCGCGGCAGCAGUCAGGUUUCUGGCGAGCGAUGAGGCGAGAUGGAUCACGGGGGCGACCAUCACAGUCGAUGCCGGGGUGACGUGCUCGUACGUUAUGCCUGAGUGA